GCUCAAUCUCUGAAAGGAGCAAUAACAACUGCAGCUAAGCUAGGAAUAUCCGAUCAUCGAUUGUACAUAUUAAAGGAAACUGAAGUGAAUAGAGGGCUAGGGAAGGUAGUUGGUAUAUUAAAAGUUGGAAAGAAGAAGUUAUUUGUUGUGGACUAUACUGGAACACAACACGAAUGCCUCCCUUUAUGUGUGCUCGAUUUUUAUGUUCAUGAGUCACAACAACGGACUGGGAAUGGAAAACUCCUUUUUGAAUACAUGCUUAAGGUAAUUUAUUUGCUAGGGUAUCACUGCAAAUAG